AUGAGUGGCAGUAGCAACCCCCCUAACAAGCAGAGGACGGUAUCGUCUCCGGGCGGAUUUCUUCUUACCAAGGUCCCUUCUAAGUUGUUUGCCGCUUCGACACCAAAGUCACAACAAACAAAGAAAGGAACCAUCAUGAUCACCAAGGCGAAACGAAAACUUCCACGAAAGAUGCGGCCUUCCAAAGGUGCCAUCACAAUUGGCAUUGACACCAAUUUAUUCCUUCCAUCGCUAACCGAUCUCGACGAUGACUCACCGACAAGAUGGCUGCGCCCGCGAUGCAAGAGGACGAUUAUUUCGGGAGAACAGAAUGUUCAUUUGGUCCUCCCUUUACCUAUAUCAUCGACUGUUAUGCUACCGCUCUUAUUGGAUCGAAACGUCGAUCCUAAGCCUUCUUCAAAUGUCAGGCCUUCUUUCUUCACAUAG